AUGAUUCCAGCUAAAUGGAUUCCCUUAGAAAAGAAGUUGUUAGAUAUAAGGAACAAGAAAAUUGUACGACUGGUAGAUAUAAUGAAGAUUGAUUCGGAAAACAGUCACCCUAUUCAAGAUGAAGAACAAAUCAAAUUAUUCCUGAAGUACCACCAUGAAAAGGGGGGUUUGAUCUUCUUUGACGAAGAAAAGCUUCACGAGUUUGUUGUUCUUGAUCCACAAUUUCUAAUUGAUGCAUUUAAAUGCAUCAUCACGUCUCAACGUUUCUAUAGAUGGAAGCCAGAUCUCAAAGAUCUUGGUGAAAAGCUCAUGAACAGUGGUAUUCUUGAAAUGGAUCUUUUGGAUGAAAUAUGGGGAAAUGACGAAACAAGUCAAUUCUACAGCUUUAAGGAUGUUCUAUUGGCAUUCAUGCAAAGACUAAGAAUAUUGGCAGAGAUGAAGGACGUCACUGACACUACAAGAGCAGAACAUGUGGAGAGAACUUUCCUGGUUCCAAGUCUUCUGAAGGGACAAGCUGAUGAAAAAGUGAUGGACGCAUUUCUUCCUCCCUGUAAAAGGAAGUCGAACAUUUCGCUUAUUUUAAAAUUAGAGAACAUCUCAGUUUUGCCACUCAUAUAUCAAAGAGUCACGACUGCAGCACUUGCAAAAUGGCCGCCAAUUUAUUUUCCUGACAGGAAUCCACUGUUAUUCCGAGGUAUCGGUGUGUUCUUGUUGAAUUAUCAGCAUGCCGGUUUGAUAGCUGUACACAGUGGUGGCUUAGAGAUGGCGGUGGUCAAUUUGUGCCCCGAAGGUCCAGUGGAUGCAGCAGUUUGUGAUCAGUUUCGGAGAUACAUCGAGAUGGUUGUAUUGCAUGAGUUUGAAAAAUUUUCAAGUGGUUCAGAAAAAGAUCUUUAUGAAUACUAUUUACAAUGCAACCAUUCUGAACACGGGCGUAAAGGCAGCCGAAAUGUGCAUGACUUAAAGAAAGUCAAGUGUUGCCAAGAGGUGUGUUGCCCAGAUUAUGGCCAUCACGUUGUGAAUUUGAGGGAAAGCAUCGGCCAGUGGUUUAAGAAAGAAAAUGUGUUGCCAGAUGACGAUAUACCAGAUCGAGAACUUACAGACAAAGCGCUUAGUAAAAUAGCGCAGGCAAUUGGGAAAAACUGGAAAUUACUUGGAAUCGAUCUUGGGCUCGGGCAAGAUGAUGUUGAUCGUUGCGAAAUAGAUAACCUUACUUCAGGAGUCAAAACUACAAUUUAUUACAUUCUGAAAGAAUGGAGGACAAGAUAUCCCGAGCAAAAUUCAAUGAAAUUUUUGAUCAGACAGAUGAAGGAAUGUGAGGGACUCACGGUAAACUGGGACAAAAUCAACAACAUAAUCGACAACUUCUGA